AUUACCAUGGUUCAAAAAGACUUCACUUCACAGUUAGCAUAUUAUUUUAUUGUAAGUAGUUAAGUAUUUUGUUGAUCAUAAAUCACUUUGGGACAUCCUGUGGCCAUGAAAGGUGCUAUAUCAAUGCAAGUCUUGUUAUCAAAAAUGCUCAAAUGUCCCUGCAAUACUGAACUCAGUAGCGCCAUCAUGUGACUGAACCCCUUUAAUACAGGAACCAGACUCUGGGUUUAUUCUCACUGGACCCCCUUAAUACAGGAAUCAGACUCUGGGUUUAUCUGACUGAACCCCUUUAAUACAGGAACCAGACUCUGGGUUUAUUCUCACUGGACCCCUUUAAUACAGGAACCAGACUCUGGGUUUAUUCUCACUGAACCCCUUUAAUAGAGGAACCAGACUCUGGGUUUAUUCUCACUGGACCCCUUUAAUACAGGAACCAAACUCUGGGUUCAUCUAACUGAACCCCUUUAAUACAGGAACCAGACUGUGAGUUUAUUCUCACUGAACUCUGUUUUUACCUGUUUGUGUUUUAUCCACCCGCUCUUGGCUGCUACAGGAGGGAGUGUUCAGUCCGGAGUCACUGUGGGAUUGUUUAUUUGGUAUAUAAUUUAGCUGAAAGCCACAUAUCUCUUGCUGCUCGGAUAUUUCAGUCUUUGCUGCGGUUUUCUCACUGCAGAGGGUGUUUUUCCUGGUUUAUUCAGUGGAGCGGGUGCGCCCAGAAAGAGAGAAUGAAACAAACGAGUUGUUUUGAGGGACACAACCUACAGAAACUACUGCUGUUGCUGCUGCUCAAUGUUGUUGCUGCUGUUUCAGGUGACUGGUCAGUUUCUGGGUUCCUUGGAGAGCAGAUUGUGCUGCCCUGUUCCUACAAAGGGAAUGUCCCAGUCUCAGAUUUACAGGUGAUUUGGGGAAUAUCAAGAUCUGAAAUUUUACACAAGUUUGUCGAUGGCAAUGAUGAUUUGACAGAACAAGACCCACGGUUCAGAAACAGAACAAAACUGUUCAAAGAUCAAUUGGAGCAAGGCAACUGGUCAAUUCUGAUCUCUGACCUCAGGAAGUCUGACAAGAAAAUGUAUGAGUGUCAGAUUUACAAGAAGAAAGAGGAGGUCCAUUAUUUAGUGAAAUCUGAUGUCGUCCAUCUCUUUGUAUUGGAGCGACCUCAAACACCUGUACCAACUAUGUCUGUACCAGAAGCACAGCCUGGAUUUGGAUUUGGAUUUGGAUUUGGAAUUGGAGUUCCUGUUGGUUUUUUUGCUCGAGUUUUGCUUUCUGGAAUUGUGGUUUGUGUAUUCCAAAGGCGACCAAAAUGGAAUUGUGUUCAAAAUCGACACUCCAACAAUCGAAAUGAAGCAUCUAAGGAUGUCCCUUUGACAGGGGUGAGCUGUCCAGGUAAAGCACAGGGCCUUGUGACAACAGCACCUGAGCAUCAGAAUGGAGAAGAAAACCUUGUGGGGACCAGGGCUGUCCAGCACUAACUGAGUUUCCCCUGCACUGAGCAUGUGUCAGGGAGGGGAAAAUCAGCCCAGUAUUGUGGUUAUCUAGUGAUUCCUGGUGGAAUGUCUGAGCUCAGGAUUGGGAUCAACAAUCACUUCCCACUUUGCACAAACCGUCCUGAUCAGCACAAUCUCAGGAGGGAAACUCCCAGUGGAACUAUAAUCCCUUUACUAAGAAAACUGUCCAAGUAUUUCAUUCUCUGCAUUAUCUCUCAGCAUUCCUGUUACAGACUGUGUCCAUACCCAAUCUCAGGAAUGUACAGAACCAUCUUUAACAAAAACAGAAUUACCUGGAAAAACUCAGCAGGUCUGGCAGCAUCGGCGGAGAAGAAAAGAGUUGACGUUUCGAGUCCUCAUGACCCUUCGACAGAACUUGAAUUCGAGUCCAAGAAAGAGUUGAAAUAUAAGCUGGU